AUGGCUUCUGCCUUUCCUGCCCUUAUCAUGUCUCAAAUCCCGCUUGCGACGGUAUACCCAUGCUCGUCUUGCCCCUCAAGCAUUGCUCCGGCUGCUAUUACUGUCACCUCUCAAUACCAGACUGUUUCAACAUGUACUCCCCAUACAGUUCCCAAUACUGUAUCUGGUACCCCUGAGGUUGAGCCUGAUUGCACGCCUUAUGCAUGGCUCUCGACUGUCAUUCGUAACCCCGGAGGAUCUGCUAAUGGCGAUAUGGGAGGAUCCCAGCUCUCUACAAUCACCAGGACCGAGCAAGUCGUCCAAGUCAGCUAUACAUCCACUGUCUUGACGUCUGAAUAUCCAUGCGCAACUACCACUCCAUCUUACAGAAGAAAGAGCUACGAAGACACUACUUCAUGUGCGAGCACGAAAUCGACUACCAUGGUAGUCGAUGUUUCGUGCCCUUUCAAGGAGAUAGGUCCGCUCGCGAUCGAGGGCUAUCCCGGAAGUGGGCUUUGUACCACUUGCGCGGAAGACAAGAACGGUGUUAUGUCUCAGAUUGUCACUGCCACCAAGUGCUUAGACGAGUCCUGCUCAACGUACCUCGAAACAUGGGUCCUUGCUAAGCCUACCACCACUACCUCUGUCAGUUCAGCACUCUUUUCCAGCUCAACUUUCUGCCCAACCAGCGGCACUUACACGAUCCCGGUGACGGCAACUUGGACCCCUUCAGGGCCAGUCUUUACCCAACUGGCAACAGAGAGAUUCGAAAUCACUACUGCAGUCCCCAUCACUGGGAUUAUCCAGGUCGCGACGAUCAUUGAAGUCACAUUCACUGGCACGCCAGCUGCCACUGCGUGCCGAUCGACCAUUGUUAGCGGAAUCACCAAGAGCCCAGUCGCAUGUCCAACUGGGGUAGCUUCGACUUCGCCAAGCUAUACCAACAGUGGCCCAGCUGAUGCAGGGCCCGAGAAGCGUAACGUCCAAGCCGACAUGGUGGUUUCUGAGAACGCUGCUCACGACUCCAUGAUCCGGCGAGGCGGUAUGCUCCGCAGUGUCGAAACGAAGGAUCUCAAGAACGUCAUGGCAAGCGUGACUUCGGCUCCAGAAGACCAUUCGGUCUGUGGGUGA